AUGGACGACAACGGCAGCAGUAGCAGAAGUGCUCGGCCGUCCCACCAUGUCCCGCAGACACGUCCCCCGCGUCCACAGCGGCCGCCACGAUCCAGGCGGUCUCAGCAGCCUCGACGACCACGCGAGCGGACAGCAAUCCUGCCGCAACGGUCGGCAUCGGUGAUGCGCAAGGUGCGAGCCGGGCUCUCCAAGAAGCUCAAGUUCUUCACCGAGCUGAUGGGACAGCUGGAUAUGAUCGUCUAUGCGGAGCUGUGCACGCUCUACUACAUGGACCCCAAACCGGACGAGUUCAUGCUGAUUACGCCGGCCCACCGGCCCCACGUGCUCGCGGUGGUGGUGCCGAACGCGCUCUGCAUGCUGGCACACGUGCUGUGGCAGCCGCUGCAGGGCACGGAAACGUCGCGCGGCUACCUGCAUGGCGGCGUGUUGAUCGACUUUGUGGGCCAGCGGGCGCCGUCGUCGCGCUGGGUGCUGUUUCUACUGGACCUCGUCGUGUUGGCCGUGCAGUGCCUGAUGCUGGCCGUGCACACGGAGCGGGAAAAACUGCGCAAGCUGGUGCUGCCGAUGAAGGGCGCGCUGGCGCUGCCAAUGGGCCGCGACCUGGCGAGUCCGGCUCUGGCGGCCACGACGAACGCGAUGGUGGCGGCGGCGCAGGACCACGAUGCCGAGGAGCGCGGCGUGCAGAGGACGACGGGACGUCCAGCCGAGGGGGGCGAUGGGAUCGAGAUGCAGCGGUUGGGUGGUGGCGAUGCAACAACCGAAAACAACGGAAUCGAAAACGAAAACGAAAACGAAAAUGCUCUUCUCGAUGAUCGGCCCCGAAGACUCCCGCCCGAGCAGGCAGCAGAAUACGUGCUCAACGCGCUGGCAUCGGGCUGCAACCUCUCCGACUUUUACGUGGUCCACGCCAUCCGCGAGGCCAGCCAGGACUACCAGGGCGUAGCAGCGCAGUCGCUGCAGACAAUGAGUUAUGCGGCAUCGCUGGCGAGGCUGGCAGCGCGGAGAGGAGGCGCCGGUGUGCGGACGCAGACGACAGGAGUGCAGUAG